UUAGUGAAAUUUAUAAACAACAAAAUGGCGGUGUUAAGUGUAAUGUGUAGAAAUUAUGGGUUAAAACAACCCUUAAAGUUACUAAAUUCGGUCCUAUUCAGAAAUAUUCAUACAGAUAAGAUUUGCAGAAUGUCUGAUAAAAAAAUUUUUCACAUAUCUCCAUCCAAAUUUCAAUAUGAGAAAUUCAAAGAUUCUCUCCACUUUUAUUUUCUUCUUGGUGCUAUACCUUUGGGAAUCCUAAUCUUUUGCGUCAACGUAUUUAUUGGACCUGCAGAAUUAGCCGAAAUUCCAGAAGGAUACGAACCUAAACAUUGGGAGUAUUUUAGACAUCCAAUUCAACGAUUUUUUGCAAGGUACAUCUAUGCAAGCCCACAACAAAUAUAUGAAAAAAAUAUGCAUGCCUUAUGGGAAGAAAGUGAAAAAGUGAAAUGGAGGAAAUUGGAGAGAAAAGUAAAAAGUUUGAUGGCAGAACGCGACGAUUAUAGAUCAUGGUAUUUUAUACCAGUCGAAGGAAAAUAUCACAGAUACACAUUGAAGGAGGAACAUAAAGUUGACCAGUUUAAAGGUUAUCAACUGUAAUUUCAUGGAAUAAUGUAAUUCGAUUAGUUUGAAUUGAAAAUUCAAUGUAAAAAAUAUAUGAACAGUGAAUAGUUCACAGAUUGUAUAGGUAGGUUAUAGAAAAUAAAAAUCUUCAGUUUGCUUCAGUAA